AUGGAGAGUGGACCGUCCCCAACACGAUGGGAAGUCGAGCUUGAGUUUGUUCAGUCGCUGGCAAAUCCAAUGUAUGUGCAUUUUUUGGCCCAAAACCAGUUUCUCGAGGAUCCUCGGUUUUUGAGGUACCUAGAGUAUCUUGAGUAUUGGCGGGAGCCAGAAAACGCCAAAAGCAUUGUAUAUCCGAAUUGUUUGCAUAUGUUGACGCUGUUAAAACAGCCCACGUUCCGUCAGGAGAUCUGUAAAGUCGAGGUUGCAAAAAUGAUUAUGGACGACUACUAUGCGAAAUGGGCUGGCGACUCUGCCGAAGAAAUGCAGCAGUAA